AUGCAUGCGCUCCAACCCACGGCCGCUUCCUCGCUCUCGCUGCCUUCGGGCACAUACAUCUAUGCCAUAGCCGAAGCGCCCUCCUCAUCUGCAGGACGCCGCCAGUUUGCUGCCAUCUCAUCAGAUGACUCCCUGCGCAUCUUCGAUGGCCGGUCCCUGCAGCCACUUACGGUUGUGUCGGCAAAGACCCACGAAGGCGUCACCUCGUUAAACGGAACUCUACCGGGGUUUUUAGCCACGGCUGGUCGAGACGGGGCCGUGAGGCUAUGGGAUGUCCGAUCUGGUCAUGCAUCUGGCAAAGCUGAUGUGGAGAUGAAAGUUGUGUUUUCUUUAGAAAGGAAUGCUCCGAUUCUAUCAUUGGCUGGCAAUCCGGAAUCCUACACGAUUGUUGCAGGGACGGAACUCGUCUCAUCACAGGCUACUGUUGCUAUAUGGGAUAUUCGAGCACCAGGAGAGACCCGGCAGAAAUAUGUCGAAAUUCACAAUGAUGAUGUGACUGAGCUUCAAUUCCACCCCACACGCUCCAACAUUCUGCUGUCUGGAAGCACCGACGGCUUGGUCAAUCUGUACGACAUCAACACCACAGACGAAGACGAAACGCUUCUGCAAGUAAUCAACCAUGGCUCCAUCCACCACGCUGGAUUUCUCUCCGAGGACGCUGUCUUUGCUCUGAGCCACGAUGAAGUGUUCUCAAUCCACCCCAUCACAAACCCGGACAGCGAGACGAGCGAUAGCCCGGCGCCCAUUCAAUUCGGAGACUUGAGGAAACCGCUAGGUUGUGAAUACGUCGUGCAGACAUUGACCAACAGCAACGGCACAUAUCUUGCUGCCGGAAACGCAUCAGAAAAACGCCUGGAUAUCCUCCCUAUAACGUCUAAUCCCAAAUGGGAUUUUGACUACAGCAGCGUCUGGCGUCUGCCGGGAGCUCACGGGGAAGAAAUUGUCCGCGCGGUACAUCUUGACGAACAGUCUCAAACGGUCUUCUCCGGAGGAGAAGAUGGAUUCGUUCGCGCAUGGAGGUCAGACAGCUCGGUAGGGAAUGACAUGCAUAUAGAAGAAGACCCAUCCGGGAUAAACAGCGCCCGAUCAAAGGACAAGAAAAGGGUCAAAGAUGAAAAGCGAUUUAAACCCUACUAG